AUGUCGAGAACCUUGAGAUUGUCAGGACUGAAACCGGACACGGAGUACUCGUUCAAUAUUUUCGCCAAGAAUAGCGUGUCCAAGUUCACAGACGCACCGGCUUAUCGAGUAAUAGAUCUCCGAACGGCACCGUUAACGCGCUACGUUGUAAGUGGUCUUCGGGUAGAGAGCGAACAAAAAGAUGGAAUAACCCUGGCAUGGCUCUCACCAGCCGUCUCUAAAAAGGUUAAAUAUGAGAUUGAAAUGGAAUCCAAGAUUGGCAAGGCGGUGGUUACACUCACGGAGCAUACGUAUCACACAUCGCUCAAUAUGAGUCCGGGGAUUCCCAUAUCGUUUCAGGGUGAGUUUGUUCGCGUUAAUGUGGAUGGCUGGGGAGAAUGGAGUGAUCCGCUAUGGUACGAGAUCGGUCGCGGAAUUGUCCAACAACAUCAGGGACCUGAAACGACGCCAUUGGGCUCGCUACCAGGAUGGGUGGUGUUGAUGGCGAUGGUGCUAUUUGUCUUACUCCUCGGCUCCUUAGUUAUUCUCUGUCGUCGCAAAUCGCAUAAUCGGAAGCAAAUGAGUGAUUUGGACGUGCUAGAUACCUAUAAACAAGACACGAUGACACCCGACUACAGUUCCGGUAAUCGUCAAUUCACGGACGCAUUCCGGUCUGCCGGAAAACGUAAGUGA